CAUUUCAUUUUUAAUUUUAAAUCGAUACUUUUUUGCACAGACUACUAAAGUUCAUCAUUCUUAAUUACCAUUGCCAAGCAAUUCGCACCUGUCAUACUAAGAAUUUAAUCCGAGGGAUUGUAUCGUAAUGAAUUCAUAUCAAGGUGUUAUAAAGAAGAAACUGGAAAAAAGUAAGAUAUUAUACAGAAAUGUGCUCAACGCGUGCUUUGGUGUAUGUGUAUUCACAUUACAACUUAACAAGUUAAAUGGUGUCCUGCCCAAAGGAACCAGAUUAAGCUUGAAGAUUUUACAAAAGGAGUACAUCAAGCAAUUCUUUUUUGAGAAGCGUGUGGGAAGCGGAGGAGCAGGUUUCAAUUUUAUUACGUUUUUUGGAUGAUUAAUAAAGAACCGGAGAAGAAGCAUAGCAACAAAAUAUCACAGCCUAAAUCCUGCAGGUCCACAGGUGCAAUUUUCAUUUAAGCGACGGCAGCUAAAAUUAUUGCACUUUAAAUUAUUAGCCAAUAAUCACGUGCCAUUUAACUUAAAUAUCCAACCUCGUCAAAUAUUUUUGAGCAGGGUAGGCAGAUCGAACUGCUCUUCAAUGAUGUUACAAAUUUUGUUUGCUUGUUUGCUAUGUUGUUUAAGAGAGACCUUUUACAAAGAUGACAGGUGUAGCUGACAUUAAAAUCGGCAUAAUUGCAUAAGUCUUAGAACCAAGAAGUAUAUUCAAACUGUCGCAGAAUUCAUAAUUGCCUGCACUUGUAAUUUUAAAUUGUCCAGAAAUGUUCGCAAGUCAGAGCAAGGCUUGUGAGAUUAAUAAUUCUCGAAGUGAGACAGUGCAGCUACAACCCUUACCAAAUCAUAUUGAAGAUAUAAAAUUUAGAAAUUCGGAUGUUGAAACGGAUGAUGAUCAUCACUUCCCUGGAAUUGCAGCUAAAAAUAAAAUCUUGAAGCUUAGCUGGUGGCAUUCUCCUGUUGAUAUGCAUUAUGUUGCGACAGAAUUAGUGCAACCAAAAAAAAGUGAUAAAGUACCGAGCAAUAAAAUAAAAAAAGUUGAGAACAAUAAUACUUUAGUUAAUGGUUGUAGUAAAACUUCAGCAAGAUCGGUUCCGUUACUCCAAUAUAAUCGUCCAGACCAGGAUGGGGACAGCGACGAAAACAUAACAAGCGUUCUUGAGCCAAACGUUGAUGAAUUCUAUCCUAAAGACUCAGAACGGCUUGUGGAUGUUUCAAAACCAUGUACUGGACUAUUAAAUCCAGAUCAGGAGGAUCAAAUGAAAGUAUGCGGUUAUCGUCGUUCUCUUAUGCGAACUGGUUUUUGUUGGGCAUGUAUCUUCUUAACUGGAGGUCUGUUGCGCCUCGUGUUACAUUGGUGGCGUCAUUUAUAUUUAUAUGCCACUUGCUCUAAAUGUUCAUUGGAGGAGGCAGAACAGGUUUUGGUAAUAGAGGAUUAUCAAGGAAAGCACAUAAUGUACCAUGUAAAGAAAAUUCAAGUCCUAACGUCAAGCAACCUUAAGACACUCUUGGAAAAGGAACAGCAGUCCAUAGAAAGCACUCAUAUAGAAUGCGAUCAUGUAGAAAACGUCUUGCAACUGUCAGUUCAUUUUAACUCGGCCCAAUUUAAAAAAUGCUCAUCAAUACGAAUUUUUCGCUGCAAGCAAUUGGUUUAUGCUUGGAACAAUAAUAUAAAUAGUUUUCAAAGGAUAAAUGGACUCGACCUAAAUAUUCCGUGUUCAUAUUAUCACCAACAGCGUGGAUUAACUGUACAUGAACAGAUUUCAAGGCGAAUUGUUUUCGGAGACAAUGAGAUAUCUGUACCAUUGCGAGAUUUCAAGACAUUGCUGUUCUUAGAAGUACUUAAUCCUUUUUACGUUUUUCAAUUAUUUUCUGUAAUUCUGUGGUUUACAUAUGAUUACUAUUACUAUGCUUGCGUAAUACUCUUGAUGUCCAUUUUUGGUAUAACAGUGUCUGUUUUGCAAACGAAAAAGAAUCAGGAUUUGCUCCAAAAAACAGUAUAUAACACUGGUAAUGCUUGGGUUGUUGAUCAUAAAGGACUGUCUAAAGAGCUUCCAACGCGAGCGAUAGUACCUGGGGACAUCAUUGAAAUACCGUCAUCAGGCUGUACCCUGCAUUGCGAUGCAAUCUUAAUAUCAGGAAACUGCAUUCUAGAUGAGUCUAUGCUUACUGGUGAAAGUGUGCCAGUAACCAAAACUCCUCUACCGUCGAAACGUGACAUGAUUUUUGAUAAAACAGAGCAUGCCAGACAUACUCUUUUUUGUGGCACAAAGGUUAUUCAGACUCGUUAUAUUGGCUCGAAAAAAGUAUUGGCAUUUGUAAUAAACACUGGAAACAUAACGGCAAAAGGAGAACUUAUACGUUCUAUUCUUUACCCCCCCCCUGUUGAUUACAAGUUUGAACAAGAUUCGUACAAAUUUAUCCAGUUUCUGGCAAUAAUAGCAUGUGUAGGAUUUAUUUAUACGCUUGUAACUAAAAUCUUGCGUGGAACGGAUCCUGUUAAAAUAGCAGUUGAAUCACUGGACCUUAUCACAAUUGUAGUCCCACCAGCACUUCCAGCGGCAAUGACAGUCGGUCGAUUUUAUGCACAAAAGCGGCUAAAGACUAGUGAAAUAUUUUGCAUUUCUCCUAGGUCUAUAAAUGUGGCAGGAAGUAUAAAUUGUUGUUGCUUUGACAAGACUGGUACUCUUACGGAAGAUGGACUUGAUAUGUGGGGGGUUGUGCCCAAAUCAUCAACUAAUCAAUUUCAAAUUCCUUUAAAAAGUAUUGAUCGAUUGCCAUUCGAUCACUUCCUUUUCGGUAUGGUAACGUGUCAUUCUAUAACAAUAUUGAACGGCAAAAUGAUGGGCGACCCAUUGGAUUUAAAAAUGUUCCAGUCUACAGGAUGGGAACUAGAAGAUUCAAAUAACAUACCUGAUACUGAAAAAUAUGGUAUUCUUUAUCCAACAAUUUUAAGACAGCCAAGAGUUGGCCUUACCGGUAUGGCUGAACCAGAUUGUGGAUCUAAGAAUGAAAUUAAGCGGCAAUCCUCUGUAGACGAUUUACUAGCCACUGUUGGAAUCUCGCCAUCACAAAAGAAUUUUGAUCAUGGUAUCGUUCGAGAAUUUCCAUUUACUUCAGCCCUUCAGCGGAUGUCUGUUGUUACUCGUUGCCUUAGUGACCAAGUAUUUAAUGUUUACUGCAAAGGUUCUCCCGAGAUGUUGAAAAAACUUUGUACGCCACAAAGUUUACCAGAUAAUUAUUCGCAACAACUAUCGGAAUUCGCAAAAAAAGGAUACCGAAUCAUUGCCAUUGCUUUUAAAGCUCUUUCCCACAAGAUGAACUAUACAAAAGUACAGCGUUUAUCUCGAGAAGAGGUUGAAAACAACAUGGAAUUUUUGGGUUUUGUUAUACUUGAGAAUCGCCUUAAACCAGAUACUGCUAAAGUAAUAAAUGCGCUAAACACAGCCAAAAUUCGAACUAUAAUGAUAACAGGCGAUAAUAUUUUAACUGCAAUAAGCGUUGCUCGGGAUUGUGGCAUAGUAAGUCCCUCGCAAGCAGUUAUAACUGUGCAUGCAGAUCCAAUUGGCGACAGUGCAAACUUCCAAACUAAUACCGGUACAGAGUGUAAUUUUGAUAAUAGUUCAGAUAAACACUACAAGUUGCACUACACCUUAGAUUUUGGUAGCAAGACGUCUCGGGCAUAUCUUUUUAAAUCAAGCUUUAAUAGUAACCUUUUUGACCGGGAAACACCUGAAUUCACGGCCCACGUUGGAAAAACUAUUUUUCAUAUGGAGUCGACGAAUUCAUUAGUUAACGAAUCGAGUUCUAGUUACGCAGAAAGUGGUUUGCCGACAAGCGAUAGUUUGGCCAGUGUAAAAACUAUAGACACUUGGACCCACAAUGAUGCUGAGCUUGGUAUAAAACACACACCAGACGAAAGCUGGCGGCAAGAAUGUAUAUUUGCAAUGGAUGGUAAGACUUGGCAAAUUGUAAAAGAUCACUUUCCAGAGGAAAUGGAAAUUCUAUUGACACGGGGUUCUAUUUACGCCCGAAUGUCACCCGAUCAGAAACAGGCACUAGUUAUAGAACUUCAAAACUUGGACUAUUGCGUUGCCAUGUGCGGUGAUGGAGCCAAUGACUGUGGUGCACUGAAGGUGGCUCACGCUGGUAUUUCCUUAAGCGAGACUGAAGCAUCCAUAGCAUCGCCAUUUACUUCACGAAAUCCCACAAUUUCGGCGGUUUUAAAAGUUAUUAAGGAAGGACGCGCUGCAUUGGUCACAUCGUUUGGUAUUUUCAAGUAUAUGGCAGCCUAUUCCCUGGUUCAGUUCAUAUCUGUUAUGAUUUUGUAUUCCAUCGACUCUAAUUUGACGGACAAGCAGUAUCUAUAUGUCGAUCUUGGACUUAUAUCAAUAUUUGCCUUCUUUUUUGGUAAAACCGAAUCAUUUGAUGGAAAGCUGGUGGAACAAGUUCCGCUUAGUUCAUUAAUAUCCUACACGCCAUUAGCUUCCCUUUUACUACAUCUUACUGUUGUAACAGCAUUUCAGGUGACUUGUUGGAUUCAUCUGCAUCAACAGCCGUGGUUUAAACCUUUCGAGCCUGCGGGUGAAGAUCAUUUAGGUUGUUAUGAAAACUAUACAAUGUUCUGCAUAUCUAGUUUCCAGUAUAUUAUUCUAGCUUUUGUUUUCUCAAAGGGUGCGCCAUACAGAAAACCACUGUGGUCGAAUUGGCCACUGUGUCUAGCAUUUAUUGUAAAUUUGUGCAUUAUUGUAUAUUUGGUUCUUUACCCCUGCGAUUGGGUAGCCACCUUUUUUCAGCUUAUUGUACCUCCUACCAUGAGAUUUCGAUACGUUAUGCUUGCAUACGGAGCAACAUCAUUUAUGUGUCAUAUUUUUGUCGAGUCGUUUUUGGUUGAAUAUCUAGUGUUCAAAAAAUACCAAGUACAGCGAGAGAAAAACUGGGUCACAUCGAAGCAAAAAUACAUGCGUCUAGAGCAUGAUAUAUCAAAUAUAAAAAACUGGCCACCUAUAACUGAAGUUUAUGAACCAAAUAAUUUAACAGACUGGGAAACAGAACAGCCCACAUAUGUAAGUUUGCACGCUGAACAAAACCAUGAUACGCAGCUUGGAAAAUUUCCGGGAUUUUGUUAGAAAAUUAAAACAAAAAUGUAGCCAAAAAAUUUAGAGCAAAUAAUCCUUGUCGAAUUCUAUGUAUAUUGUACUGUAACCUAAGGAAUUUCCAUUAUUAAUAAAGUAGGGAAUGU